UAGCUCUGAAGUCCGCUACAGCACUUUUACUGCAGCGCAAUCUAUAGGAAAAUUGCUUCUAAAUUUGAGUUGACGCUGAAGUAGUUCGUAGUUUAUGAUCAUACACCUGUUACAAAAUGUCUGUAACCUUGUAAGAAAAAUCAUCAUUAUUUUGUAAAGAUAAAAAUUAUCUAAUAUUUAUCUAACGAAGCUCUGACAGCUUUGUUUCGUUCUGAUGGAUCUGGAAAGCAGACGUAAAAGUCCUGAUAAGAGUUUCGACACAGAUGAUGAUUCUGAUUAUGCUAUGAUAAAACGAAUUAAAAUGGAACCAGAAGCUAUGUUGUCACAGGAAGAUGAUAUAAUGGCUCAGUUACAACAAGAAAGUUCUGAUUUAGAAGUGGAACCAAGCUUUGCAUUGGAAGGCUCUGCAAAUGGAGAGGAUUGCAAUGAAGGUGUUCUAAUGCAACAUAUGGAUAUCAGAGAGCCUCUCUCUACCUUGAGAAAUUUAUUAGAACAAAGACUCGGAGUAGAGUUAACAGAUUAUUCUUUUUGGCUCCAAGAUGCACAAAUGCUAGAAAGCCAUAAGAAUUUGGUUGAUCAGUGCGUGCAAGGAGAGGGAUUGGUUCAAGUAAAUGUUCAGAUAAAAGCAACACAAAGGAGAAUAAAUAUAGUGGAUGUUUUGAAACCUGCAGAGGAUUAUAUAGAAUUAGCAGAAAACAAUGCAUCCGCACCAGUGAAUGAAGAUAGCAAACGAAAUGUUAUAAGAUGGAUGGUUGACCCACAAUACAAAAAAGAACAAGAACGGUUAAAAAUUCCAGCUGAUCCAAAAGAAUGGACACAGACACACGUUAAGCACUGGCUUCAAUGGGCAGUUAGGCAAUUUAAUUUGGCCUCAGUGAGAUUAGCAGAUUGGAACAUUACAGGUCAACAAUUGUAUAAUCUCACCCUGGAAGAAUUCCAAGCUAAAGUGCCUCUGGACCCAGGGGAAGUAUUCUGGACUCAUUUAGAAUUACUUCGAAAGUGUAAAUUUGUUGCUAUCGUUCAGAAGGAUCCACCAUCGUCACCUACGGAAAAUAACGUGGAUAAAAGCAUAAAAAUUCGCAACCAGAAGGCAACAAAAUCGCGACCAGUAGUGAAUCAACAAGCGCGAGUAGUUAGCGUUCCUUUAGAAAACAUCGAUUCCACACCAAUUACUAUAGCGACAUCGAGUCGUUCUGUUAACAGUGGUCAAAUACAAUUAUGGCAGUUCUUAUUGGAGUUGUUAACUGAUCGCGAGCACAGAGGUGCUAUUCAAUGGGUCGGGACUGAGGGGGAGUUCAAGUUAAAUCAACCGGAAGCGGUAGCGCAACUUUGGGGAGCGCGUAAAAACAAACCAUCAAUGAAUUACGAAAAAUUGAGUCGUGCGUUGCGUUACUAUUACGAUGGAGAUAUGAUUUCAAAGGUGCAUGGGAAACGAUUCGUAUAUAAGUUUGUAUGCGAUUUGAAGCAGGUUUUAGGUUAUUCGGCAGCGGAGUUAAGUAGGUUGGUGGAAGAGGGCACAAGAUAUUUCUGAUGACAUACUAUUUUUUUAUAAUCACAACAAUUUUUAUCAUCGUACUUCGGGCGUGGUUUGUAUCAAUAAUUGUACAUAUUUAAUGGAAAAUAGAAGAUGGAGAAUAGAUUAUUGUUCAGACAAUCUAAUUGUUUAUCGAAAUACAGAGAGAUCAACACAUAAA